GGAGAAAGUGCCCUUUGGUCACUCCCUCCCACCCAAUCCAACUAACAACCAACACCAACGAAAAGAAAAACCCAGAAGCAGAAGAAGAAGAAGAGAGAACCCACCAACCACAGUUUUGCUUUUGCUAGUGUGCUCCUCACCACUCUCUCCCCAAUGACUUCUGCGAGGUGUUGCAGCAGGAUUGGUCUUGUUCAUCUCCUUUUCCUUGCUCUUCUCCACAACAGCACUCUUUCUCUUAUUGCAGCUGCCAGAUCAAAUGUUUACAUUGUGUACAUGGGUGAAAGGCAGCAGCAGGAUGAGCCUGAACUAGUUCAAGACUCCCACCAUGAGCUUGUCUCCAGUUUUGUUGGAAGCAAAGAAGCUGCAGAGGAAUCCAUUCUUUACAGCUACAAGCAUGGGUUCUCAGGGUUUGCUGCAGCCUUGACCAAGUCACAAGCCAAGCUUAUUGCAGAUUCCCCAGGAGUUGUUUGGGUGGCCAGAAACAGAAUCCUCACUACUCAGACAACAAGGAGCUGGGAUUAUCUGAAGGUAAAACCUGAGCUCCCAAAUGGGAUUGCUUCAAGAGGCCAUUCUGGAGCUGGCUCCAUUGUUGGUGUCAUGGACACAGGUCAGUGAAAAUGAUGCUGUAAAAAAAGAAGACACGAUUCUGGCUUUUUGUUUGCAUUAUUGUUUCUUGUGACAGCUUUCUGUUGGAUUUAGGGAUAUGGCCAGAAUCAAAAAGCUUCAUGGAUGAUGGUAUGGCAGAGGCGCCAUCUCGUUGGAAAGGCAUUUGUCAGGAAGGACAAGGGUUCAAUACCUCUCACUGUAACAGGAAACUCAUCGGAGCACGGUGGUACAUAAAGGGCUACGAAGCCGAGUUCGGCAUAGUCGACACUAGCGACGGAGUCGAGUUCUUAUCCCCGAGAGACGCCGGCGGCCAUGGAACCCACACGUCAUCAACCGCAACCGGGCUUCCAGUCCAAGGUGCAAGCUUCAUGGGCCUGGCCCAAGGAACAUCCAGAGGCGGGGCCCCAUCAGCCUGGCUAGCGAUCUACAAGGUCUGCUGGGCUACAGGCGGAUGCAGCUCCGCCGACAUCCUCGCAGGAUUCGAUGACGCCAUCGCCGACGGCGUCGACGUGCUGUCCGUGUCGCUGGGGACAUCUCCGCCGCUGGCCUCUUACGUGGCGGAUCCCCUGGCGAUUGGGUCGUUCCACGCCGCCUGCCGUGGGAUCACCGUGGUUUGCUCCGGCGGGAAUUCGGGGCCUUACUCGCAGACCGUGAUUAAUACUGCUCCGUGGGUUGUUACCGUUGCGGCGAGCUCCGUUGAUCGGGAUUUCCCCGUUGUAAUCACUCUUGGGAAUGGCAGGACUGUUGUGGGGCAGGGUUUGUAUACGGGGAAGGAAGUGGAGGACUUUCACCCCAUUGUUUAUGGAGGAGACAUUGCUGCUGAUGAUUCUGAUCAAGAUAGUGCCAGGAGUUGUGAAUCAGGAAGCUUGAAUGCAACUCUAGCAAAGGGGAAAGUGAUACUGUGCUUCCAAUCUAGAUCACAAAGGUCAGCCACAGUUGCUCUAACAAUGGUGGAGGAUGUUGAAGCUGUGGGGCUCGUAUUCGCCAGGGUACCAACCAAGGAUGUGUCUUCAUGUUAUAGAGUCCCUUGUGCACAAGUGGAUUUCACCAUUGGGACAUCUCUACUCACUUACAUUGGAUCAAACACCAAACCUGUGGUGAAGUUCAGCUCCACUAAGACUACAAUUGGCAGCCAGACUUCCCCAGAAAUAGCAUUGUUCUCGUCGAGGGGACCCAGUUCCCUCUCCCCUGCCAUACUCAAGCCAGACAUAGCUGCUCCUGGAGUCAACAUCCUAGCAUCAUGGUCACCAUUUGCUUCUUCCAUUGAUGACCCACUGGACUUCAAGAUUGAGUCAGGAACUUCCAUGUCAUGCCCCCACAUUUCUGGCAUAGUUGCCCUAAUCAAAUCCAUCCACCCAACUUGGUCCCCUGCUGCAAUCAAGUCUGCCCUCAUUACAACAGCUUCAACACAAGAUGAAUAUGGUGAAACCUCCAUUGCAGAGGGAGCUCCAGAGAAGCUGGCUGACCCAUUCGACUACGGUGGUGGACAUGUCGACCCCAACAAGGCCAUGGAUCCCGGUCUAGUCUACGACAUGGGUCCUUCAGAUUAUGCCAGGUUCCUCUGUGCCAUGGGCUACAACGACUCGGCAAUCAGCAGCAUAACGCAGGGAGAGAAAACCCAAUGCCGGAAACUAGGAGCUGCUACCAACGACAUGGUGGAAGAUCUCAACGUGCCAUCCAUCACCAUCCCUGAGCUGAGGCAGAACCUGACCGUGACGAGAACUGUCACGAAUGUCGGUCCUGUGGAUUCGGUCUACAUUGCUAGAGUUCGUGCUCCAGAUGGGGUUCGUGUCACGGUGGAGCCAUCGAUCUUGGUGUUUGAUUCGCAUACGAAGAAGGUCGAGUUCAGGGUCACCUUUCAUGCCAAGAGGAUGAUCCAGGGGAGGUAUACAUUUGGACACUUGAUUUGGGAAGAUGGUUAUGGUGAUGAUGAUUCCUCAUCUCAUUCUGUUAGGAUACCCUUGGUUGUGAGAACAGUGAUCGACUAUUCUUCCUAUGCUGAAACAUGACAUUUUCUCGGGCUUAUUGGAAAUGCAAUAAAUGGGCACCAAAACCCUUACAGAGAAAGUUAUUGCUGUUUGCCCGACUUUCCAUGUCUCAUUGCUCAGCUAUCUUGACUUUGUUGGUCUGAUCUUUGGACUAUCUUGGAGAAAAUGGAAAAUGGUGAUUCAUUUCUGCGCAUUACCUUGCCUGGAAAAGAAGGAUAGGAUAGAAAAGGGCCGAAAGAUCAUAUGGCAGGAAGUCCUGGUGGGUGUGGUUUGUGGACUGUGGAGUGUGAUAGGAGAUAUGAAAAGUGGCAAUCAAUUGCUUUCCAAAAGGGUAUGCGUCAAUUUUACAUAAAUGGUCACUAGCUUUGAGAUCCCUAACAAAUCAGAUCCAUAAAGAUGUUAAAUGAACUCGCGCGAUUGUAAUUCGUCUGAAUCGUGU